AGUUUAGUGUUGUACUAGCGGUGUAAGCGGUUGGAUUAAAGCGACGGAAACAAAGUGCGAAGCGUUGUGGUACAAAUCGGGGUGGUUUUUGGAGUGACGUUAGAGAAGUUACGGACUGAAGUUCUAUAGUAAAGUUUUAGUAUCAACGUAGAUCGAAGAAUUUCAAAAAUGAUCGUCAGAAUGCUUGGAAUUGUGACAGUGUUCACAUCGCUCACACCCUCCCUGCUGGAGGCACGCCCAGAGCCACCCAUCGGCGGUGGAGGACCCGGUGGCCCAUAUCCUCCGUCACGUCCAGAGCCACCCAGCGGUGGCUACAGUUAUGGACCACCUCCACUCCCAUCGGUAUCCGUCAACAGCUAUGGCUCAGCGACCUCCGAGUACGGUCCCCCAUCGCAGGCCCCCAUCAUCCACAAACACGUUUAUGUGCACGUUCCACCACCGGAGCAAGAAGUCCCAACCACCCGGAAACCAAUCUCCGUCCCACCUCCACAAAAACACUACAAGAUCGUGUUCAUCAAGGCUCCAUCGCCACCCUCGCAAGCCCCACCAGUGAUCCCACCACUACCUCAAAACGAAGAGAAGACCCUGGUCUACGUGCUCGUCAAAAAGCAGGAAGAACAGCCGGAAAUUGUCAUCCCCACACCGGCACCAACGCCCCCAUCCAAGCCGGAAGUGUACUUCAUCCGCUAUAAAACGCAGAAACAGGAUGGGAACGCCGGAGGUCCAUAUCCGGAGAGCGGUGCUCCCAGCGGAGGCAUCGGCCCUAUCCCGUCUAUCAGCGGAGAGUACGGAGCGCCGCCGAGUCAAACUCCCAGCAACAGCUACGGCGUACCGCUAUAGGUCGGUCCUGUCCGAGUAUAUCUACCACAAAUUUCUCAAACUGUUCAGUUUGACGGCUGCUGCGGCGGUCACUGUCUGAGUAUGUUAGUGCUUUUAGGUUUAGUGUUAUCUAGUUCGCGCAAUCGUUACGUACCGUACUGUCCUGUAAGGUGAUAACUGGUGCAAUAAAAGGCCAGGCGUUAGUUACUUUGUU